UCUGGGUACUUUUCACUCUGUUUUCCCAUUGAAUCUCAAGCCACAGAGAUAACUAAAGAAGACCGCUGAGAACUGAAUUCUGCCAUGGAAAGACUCCGCAGCAACUCGCCCUGGCAGUGCGACAUGGGUCAGCUCGACCCACCUGGCUCCGGCCGAGAUUCCUUCGAAUGGGAAGAGUCUGAUAUCCUCUGGUCCUCUGACUUGGACACGACGAGCUCCCCACCCGCGACCCCGACCAGCACUCCGAACCGCCACCCUUUCUCGAGAUUCGGCCUCUCCGCCGCGCUGGCCGACCCGCCUCUCGUCCGGAAGAAACCCGCCAUAAACCCGACCCUGUCCGCCGUGUCAGCCGCGCGCGCAAUCCCGGAAGCGGCGCACUCGCCCUCUCCGGACCGUGGAGGCUCCUCCGGGUCGGGUCCUGGGAGGGUCCGGAUGUCGGCCCCAGUGGAUGUGCCCACUUGGCCCAAGUGGGUCAAUGGCGGUGGGCCUGGGCCUAAUUGGGAGCAGCACAAGGACGUUGACGACGCGGAGGAUGACCAUGGGCCGGAGAAGGAGAUGGUGGCCCCGCACGAAAUGGCGGCGAUGUCGCAGGCGACGGUGGCGGGUUCGGUGUUCGUAGGCGCUGGGAGGACGCUGAAAGGGAGGGACUUGAGCCGAGUCCGGAGUGCUGUUUUCAGGAGAACAGGUUUCCUAGAUUGAAAGUGUUUAGGGCCACUAAUGAUCAUGUGGGAGAUGACCAACUUUCCCUAGAUCCCUGUUAGCUUUGUGGAUGAAUAAAAUUGUGAAUUUUUUUAGGGUUUGGUGUUGAGGUCUUUGCUCUUUAGGGUCAGAGA